AUGAGUGCUAAAGGUGUCUUGAAUGAAUCUGAAAUCCGGGAACUUGUAACACAGAGUGAAUCAGAGAGUGAAAAUGAGGAUUUUGAACUACCUGUUGAAGAUGAUGAUUCUAGUGGUGAUACUGUUUCCAUACAAAAUUCAGUGGAAAAUAUUGACGAUAUAGAAAGUGGUGUAGUGGACCCUGAUAAUAAUGUAGCAGAGAGUGAGCCAGUUCAUGAACUCAGUAGUUCAGAUGAUGAGUUCAACUUCGAUACUGCCAAUAUCAAAUGGAAGUCUAAAAAGCGAAGGCCCUCUCCCCAUCCAUUCACCCAGGUAAAUGUCGGAUAUAAUUCCAAUUUGACAUGUGAAAACAGGGAGCUUGACUUCUUCAAAGAGUUUUUUAAUGAAGAUCUCAUGGUAUUGAUUGUCACUGAGACAAACAACUUUGUAGAUUAUGCUGGUGAGGCGAUGGGCCGCGUUGGUCGGUAUUCUUCCUUCGCUAAGUGGACAGAUCUGACUGUGGAUGAACUAUAUUUAUUUUUUGGUGUCUGGUUGCUGGUGUCAGUGCAUGGAUUGAAUGAUAUCCGGGAUUGUUGGUCAACCAGGGAUAUCUUGAAUGUACCAAUUUUCUCCAAAUUGAUGUCACGGGACAGAUUUCUAGCCAUUUUAAAAUUUUUACACUUCUCUUCAAACAAUGAGCAACCGAAGAAUGACCGUAUGUAUAAAAUCCGUGCUCCUUUUGAGAAAUUAAGACAGAGCUUCAAAGAUCUGUACACUCCCUUCCAGAACCUCAGCAUUGAUGAGUCACUUUUGUUGUUCAAAGGACGUCUAAGUUUCAAACAGUUCAUCAAAACGAAGAGAGCCCGUUUUGGUAUCAAAUUUUAUAAACUUUGCCAUAGUGACAGUGGAUAUAUCUGGGACAUAAUGUUAUACUUAGGUGCUAAGACUGAAAUAGCAGAUAAGUAUCAUAUUGGCAAAAGUGGGGCUAUUGUCACUACUUUAUUAGAGCCUCUAUUCAAAAAAGGGUAUAACGUAUUUGUUGACAAUUAUUAUACCAGUCCAACUCUAGCUGUUCUGUUGAGGCAAAAAGGAUCUAAUAUUUGUGGAACUGUCAAAAAAAACAGAAAAGGGAUGCCUAUUUUCCCACCACUACAAAAAGGAGAAGUUUUUGCUAAGUUUUCAGAUGGGAUGAUGGCUCUAAAAUACACUGACAAACGAGAUGUGCACAUGCUGUCAACAAUUGAUAAGUUCUCCAUGGCCGAGCCCCCUAAGAAAAAAGCGCACAUCACUGAUACUGUUCUCAAGCCAGUUUGCAUUUUGAAUUAUAACAAAAAUAUGGGGGGUGUAGAUCACACUGACCAACUUUUGAGCAGCACUGAGAGUGUGAGGAGGACCGUCAAAUGGUACAAGAAAGUUUUUUUUCAUCUUCUGGACAGCUCUAUCUUGAACGCACAUGUUCUUUUUCAAUUAGUGACUAACAAAAAAGUAUCUAUUUAUGAGUACAAACUGAAGAUAAUUGAGCAGCUCAUUGAGCAGCAUCAAGGACCAAAGAGAAGACCAUCAGGUGGAAAACCAUCGACAAGUGAAACACCCCUAAGACUACUUGGACGCCACUUUCCAACAUUCAUUCCGCCUACUGAAAAGAAGAUAUCCGUCACCCGUAAAUGUCUUGUCUGUGCAAAUACAAAAUUAGGAGUUCAAAAGAGGAGAGAAAGUCGCUAUGAGUGUCUUGAUUGUAGAGUAACCCUAUGUGUUGCACCAUGCUUUCAGAAAUAUCACACCCAACUAAAAUUUUGA